AUGGAUUUGGAACCUGGCAGAUAUUAUUACAAAGAUUUGUUUCAGGAAUUAAAAGAUGAUUAUACCAAUCUGGCAACUUCUAUAAAAUUAAAUCUAUGGAGAAAUCGAAAUGAAGUUAUUACUGAAAAAGCAUAUUAUUGGAAAUUACUUCUAGUUAAUUAUCCUGAUUUAUCAAAAAAUGAAUUGAAAUGUCUUGCUAAUAUUUUUGAUGAAAAUAACAAAAAGCGAAAAACAAGACAGCUUGAUCCCGAACUGAGAAAAGUUUAUUCCAAUCUCCAUAUUUUAAGCAA